AUGAGACUUUCCACUGCCUUCGCCGUCUCCAGCAUGGCUCUCACUGCCAUGGCUGCUCCUGUCUCGCAGAACUCCACUUCCGCCGCUUCUUCCACUGCCGCUGCUGCUGCUGCUCCUGGCCUUCUUCAAGACCUCUCUCCUGAGGUAGUUGCUCUCCUCACAUCCCUUGGCCUCGGUGGCCUUGCUCCCCCUGUUGCGCCAGAGUCUUCUUCAGGACCUCUCCCCGAGCUCGUGAAUCCCCUGAACCGUCUCGGUCUGAGUGGCCUUUCUCCCUCUAUUGGCGACAUUGUCGACACUGCCGGCAAGGACCUCAAGAAACGCCAAAGCGCCGGUCUCCUCCAGGAUCUCUCUCCCGAACUCGUCGACCUGCUCAACAGACUCGGUCUGAGCGGUCUUUCUCCUCCCGUCGGUGAUAUCGUUACCACUGUUGGUCAGAGCGUCAAGCGCCAGGAGACUCCCGGUCUUCUCGAGGAUCUGUCCCCUGAGCUCGUUGCCCUGUUGACUGCUCUUGGUCUCGGUGGUCUUGCUCCUCCAGUCGGUAGCGUCGUUGCCACCGCUGGCCAGGAUGUGUAA